AUGCCUAACAGAUUAUCGAAAUUAUUCUCGCCCUCAAACAAGGAAAAACAGGCCCUGGCUGAAGCCGAACGCAACAACUCAUCUUCAUCGACCUCGUCGCCACCUCCAGAAUAUCAGCAGAACCCGCCGGAAUAUGACCGCGAGAAUGCCAUCAACCCUCCUGACAUGACAGCUGGCUUCAGCAAUUUGAGCAUAUCGCACCAUUCUCAAGAAGGAUUACCUGAGAGCGAAGAGUGCAUUGCCCAUCUGAAGGUCCUAGAAUGCUUCUACCGACUGAAGCAGACGAUUGGAUCGCAGGAUCGUCUUUUUGGAAUUCAAGACAGCCUCGUCACCGAUUGUGUCAACACGCAAGACGAGAAGAGCGCAGAACUACUCGCAAAGCUUGCCGAGAAGCGAUGGGGAAUCUAUGUUCAACGCGCUGUCGACCGCUUUGAGGCAUGGUGGGCCGCGGUCACGCCUGAAGCACCAAUGCCCACCCGCACUGAACUGGAGUUCGCUGGUCGUCGAGGCUGGCUGGUCAAAUUAGAUUACACGAAUGGGAAAAAGAUUCAGCUUGAUAGGCACAACCUACCACCUGUCGAUGUGCUGAUGGUGUGGCAUUCAUACAUGCUGAACCCGCGGGCGUAUCUUGAGGAUUGUAUCCGAUAUGGCAAGAUGCCGCUGUGGUACACUUCCAUGCCGUGGGACGUAGUGGCUGCAUCUAUCAACUCGGAGUCAUUUGCAUACGAGGCCGGCCCGCAAGCCGAGGCUUCAUGGACGAGCUUGACUGGUCGAACAUGGGAUAACGCUGCGGAUCCAGCAAAGAAGCUUCUCAUUUGUCCCAGCUGCAAUGACACACUAUCAGCGAAGUGGACAACAUGCUUCCAGUACAGCGCAUCUUGGACGAAGAUGAGGUCUCAGGAAGCGGAGGCCGAGAUUGACACCUUGCUGUCGUAUGGCUCGGGGUUUUGUGACAAGCACUUCCUCGAGCGCUGCACGAGUUGCCAAUCAAUGGUUGAUCACGACAAGCUACGAGUCGGGAAGUUCUGCAGAGACAUCAGAAAUCUUCUGCACAAUGACGUUGGCAUGGCCGGCACUACCCUAGGCGCAGGAGGACUGCCGUGGACUGCUUUUGGCAAGCGUGACAACUCAACAGAAGCCAUCAACAAGGCACCAAACGAGCUCCUCAAGCAUGGUCUUGGACAACAAAUCAUUGACUCUGACUGCCAAAGCGUUGAAGACAUCCGCGCACUCAUCGAAGCCGCCACCGCAGACAAAGCCUACAUGCGCAAAGCACGAAGUAGCCUGUCCUCCAGAGACUACCGCUCAGGACGUAUCGCCAUCCGUAAGAUGAUGUCCCGUUACUGGCAAAACAGCUCCCCGUUUGCCCUGGACCUCCUCGGCGCUGUCAUCCGACAAGGCAGCUUCAUCGAAAAGAUGCACAACAUCGACUGGCUGCACUCUCCAGGACUUCCGAGCACCAUGCAGCGCCUCCGGACCAAGUACCGCUACUUCAUCGCCAUCAUCGCAGAGAACCCACUACGUAUGGCGGUCCCAACCCUUGACGUCGACCUUGCCUGGCACACACACCAGCUCCGGCCGUACAAGUAUAUGGAAUACACCGUGAGCCUGACUCGUACAUUCAUCGACCACGACGAUAAAGUAGCAGAGCUGAAACUCAACGACUCCUUCGCCUGGACCUCUAAGAAAUACCAGAAAAUGACCGGCCAGCCUUACUCAGAAUGCACAUGCUGGUACUGCGAAGCGGUCCGAGAAUCCCACACAUCAUCAGCAUCACGCCUCUUCUCCACAUCCAGUGCCUCAGCCAACGACCUACUCCACGACGUCGACCAAGACCCCGCUAGAAGCGUCCAUAUCUCCGCCCAUAACGCUGUGCGGCCCACCGAUGACGCGAACUACGACCUCAGCUCCAAGAAGAAAGCGGAAGCACUUGAGAAGGCGUAUCAGAAAGCUUGUGAUCGUGCUCUCAAGAAGGGCAAGAACCCGCCGAAGAGGGACGAUUACUAUUACAGCGACGCUUGGGGUUAUCCUGUGUACAUCCCAGCUUACUCACCCUAUGUCGGCUUCGUGCCGUAUGCGCCGAUGUACUACCCUGUCACGCCGGGCUGUAUGGCUGUUGGAGCGGGAUCGGCGGGGAAUUGCUGUGCGGGGACGUGUGGAGGGGGCGUUGCUGCUGGGUCGUGUGGAGGGGCUGGGGGAGGUUGUGCUGGAGGCGCGGCGGGAGGAUGCGGUGGUGGUGGUGGCGGUGGAGGGGGUGGAUGCGGAGGAGGGGGUGGAGGAGGAGGCUGUGGUGGGGGUGGAGGUGGUUGUUAG